AUGGCCACGUCGACUACCAUUCAACAGGGCGUACAACCCCUCUUCGUCACCUUGUUUAUUAUGGGCUUGGGGAUCUAUCCUACGAAUCGAGCGAAGCCGUGCUUCAGCGUGUUGUAUUCUUUGAUGCUGUGGUGCGUUUACGGCUGCUUCUAUUACUGCAUAAUAAUGAUAUUUACAUGGAACGUAAUAUUUCGAAGAACCGUUUCGAUAAUCAUGCAUGUAAUCAACAUGCUCACUACGCUCACGUCCGUAAUCAUCGGCUUGUGUUAUGACAAGAAAUUAAGGACGUGCAUUAAGAAGCUCGCCACUGUGGAUGACACGUUGGAAGAGUUGGGCAUUCCGAAAAUGUACCAAGAUAUGCGCAUGUGGUCGAAACGGGUGGUAGCCGGAUGGGCCGUGUACAUAUUCUUCACAAAUACUUACGAUUCCUUCUGGUGGCGGAGCGUAAGGCAGUCUAAUUGGGCGUAUCUCAUAUCUCAUGCGAUAAAUCAUUGUUUUCAUGUCAACCUAUUCGUGGAUUUGACCUUCAUCUUCUUCAUGUGGUAUAUAGGCAACAGAUUCGACAAACUUAACGAAAAUGUACGAGGUCUGCUGGUGAGCGAGGAGCACAGCUUGAGGUGUACGUGGAAGAAACCAGUGGUUGCUGUUUACCGAUCUACCUUGUAUGCCGAUAAUUACAAACGAAUGUUAUGGUCCUCAAUGCAUCUUCAGCUAGAAUUAUGUCGCAUCGCGCGUGAACUGAACCUGAUAUUCGGAACGCAGAUGACUUUGGGGAUGUUGACCGAUCUCUUAUUCUUAACGUCAGUGGCGCAUCAUUUUUGCAUAAUGCUGCUCAUUCGGAAAGGCAUAUCAAUAAGUACCUGGCUCGGCACCAGUAUAUGGGCCUGCAUAUGCAUCAUAAGAUUCUACUCCAUUAAUUACAUUUGCGAGAGCGUCAGCGUUAAGGCUAACAAAAUUAGCGAGAUAAUUCAUCAGCUGACAAUUAUUCUGAGAUACGCCGAUAUUCAUCAGGAGCUUUGUCAAUUAGUUUUGCAAACGAUGCAUCAUCCACUGAAAUUCACCGGUAUGAAGCUCUUUUGCUUCGGUACCAAGUUACUCUGGAAGCAUAUACCACGUAUCAGUCUCCACAUUCUAACUUGUUUAACGACGGAUUACGAUGAAGUACUGUUUUGCGCUGUGGUUGCAACUUUCGUGAUGCUCGCAGUGCAAUGGUCUCCAGAGUUACAGAAGUAUAAUGAUCCGCGAUCGAAGAUAAACAGCAACACCUCGAAAGAUCUAUUCUAA